UUGUCUUCCUAUAAUAUCCCUAUCAUCUAUCUAGUAUCCAAUAAAUUUGCAGACGUGGCAUACGCGACCUGACAUGCAACUUCAGUAGUAGCGACCUCGUGAAAUAUACUUGGGGCAAUGUUCUGCAGAUGCGCAAGAUCGUGAGCAAUCUCGCGAUGACUGGUGUGGGCCACGACCUCAACGCACGCGACCCGAUGUUCAUCCUCAAGGUCAAAGGACUGGGAGAUCGAAUUCUCAACAAAAACUUGAACUGAAGAAACUUUAUUUCAUUUUAUACACACUGCAGAGCAUUUACCGUCGCCACGCAGCUGCAUCAGAUCUUUUUCUCGUCAUACUGUCAAUAUUGAAUUUAAUGUCGCCAACUCUAGCCCCCAAUUUCCAGUUUCAAAUCCUCUCAUCCAAGCCAGUGGUGUGACCACAAAAGAGAAGAAAAGCUGAAGAAAGAAUCGGGGUUGUUCGGCUAGAAUAAGGCUAAAAUAGGUAUUCGAACCAAUGCAAUACAAUUUGGAAGAGGCCCAAAUGAACGUAUAGCUUCUAAAGGUUGAUUUUUGCAGCAUGUCUGGAGGAUGUCAUCUAGAUUUCUCUAUAAUGACACUGUCCACAACCUGUUCGAUAAAUGUCCGUGUGGGGAUUUUGCUUUUCUAAGCUUAAUCGUAGAGUGUGAACUCUGAAACCCAUUGCAGGGAACUGAGAAAUAAGCUUGAAAUGGCCUGUAAACGUGUGCGGAAUUCUCUGUUUGGAGCAAAGCAUUUAGUAAGAAGUAGACAAAAUAAUUGGAUGAAUGGGAGGCUAGCGUAUUAUCAUUCCAGGGGAGAAGAAUCCCCUGAAGCAGAAGAAGAGAUUUUGCCCUCUGAAUGGUAUGAAAUGGCCUUUCUGAAGAUGAAGAAAUGGAGCCAGUUGCUGAAAGAAUUGGAUCUGAUUGGCGGAAGACUUGUGAAUAUCAAUGACCAUUCAAGAGUUUUUGAUGAUAAGCUGGAGCGCAAGAUGCAUGCUUUUAAGUCCAUUGCUAGGCUCAUUAUAGGGCUUCCAUCCAUGAAGGAAACAAUCAAGAACGAUUUGAUGGCUUCAUUUGCUGAUACACAAUGCACAGAACUUGAGUAUUUCUGUAAACGACAUGAAAGGGACGCACUUACAGUGAGCUCGCUAACAAAAGUGUCUGAUAUUCUGAGCAUUUCAGCUCAGCAAAGGAAGGUGGUCAGGCAUACAAUUUGCCCACAGGUAACGCAGCAUCAGAUAUGGACUGGUGCACUUUUUGAGAUACUAAACGGAUUGAAAUCUGAGAUUGAGAUUCUGAUCCAUCAGCAACCAAGUAAAGAGUUAAAAUUGGCUCAGCAAAUUGUUGUUGGUUGUCUAAAGUUUCUUGAAUCCGCUAUGUCUUAUGACCCUGAGACCAGUUCGUGGAUGCGUCUCACGCCUACAAAAGGGGCAAAUUCACCUUAUUCUCCCAAAUGGGAAGAUGCUCUUGAGAUGUCAAUUGAUCUUGUUAACUGCCUGAGUGAUGAAAUGGAAUUGGCUUCCCAUGUUUCGAAGCUUGAGGUGAUGAAAGAAGGGCUCUAUCAGAUUAGGGAUGUGUUGAUUGAUAAGAACAUUGGAUACAAGGAGAGCCGGCACCAAGAAAAUUUGGUGCAGAAGAAGCUAACAAAGACAUUAGGCCACUCGUCUCGAUGUUUAUUUACACUCCUGCUAUAUUAUCUGUAUGGCACUGUUAAAGAUGUUGAAAUUGAAGUUCGUGGAGGGUUGCAUGCGGUUGGUGGUGGCCGUAAGUUUUGCUUGUAUAUGGGGAAAAUUUUGACAUUGGACAAGGAGAUGGUGGUCUGGAAUGGGAUGAGGCAACUGGACAGGGCCCUUCGGUUAUUCAAGUUUGUCUGGGAGACUGCGGCAAUGAGAGGAGAUCUGGAGCUGCAAGGCCAUUUGUGGUGUGUUGGAGCUCAGAGCAGGCCUCUUCAAUAUAGAGGAAAUACAUACUUUUUACAUGGGAUAAAUCUCUAGUGUAGUGAUAAAAGUAUUUUUUUUUUUAAUAUUUUUUAUGCUUCGUCAUUUCUCACUAGUCAUACAGAAAGUUCCUGAAAUUUUUUUCUGCUAGUAUCAAUUAGGCCAAAAUUAGAAACUGAAGGAUAAAAAGAGGCACUAAAUUGUGUAAUACAGGAAUUAAAUCAGCUUCUAUGAAGGUAUAACACAUUGUGUUGGAUCUUUUCCUUUUUGGUCUCUCUUUUCUUAGUUCUCCUUUUUUUAUUCUCUGAAGUCAAUAGAUUAAUUCACUGCGGUUUCCAUAUGAGACUUGCAUCAUAAAGUACUUAAUUAAAGAGUGAAGAAUCACUCUUUGACAUUUACACUUCAAGUCCCAUAAUUCUGUCAAAGCAAAAGGACUACAAGAAAAAUUCUUUCCUGUAUUCAUAUCGUUUCUUUCCCGGUGUAAUUAACAUGCCAAGCAGCUGGAUCCUUUAACAAACACAACUCAGUAGCCAA